AUUCAUUAGCUCAUUGUCCAUCAUCCAUCAUCCAUCCAUCCAUCAAGCUCCCGCUGCAUGCCCGCUGCCCCCUAGCUGACGUCAAACAGCUCCUUCAGCGCGCGGACCUCCUCCUCAUGCACCCGCUUUAGCUCACCAACCAUGUUGAGGACAAGCGGGUAUUCGGUCAGAACACUAGAGUAUGGGACGUGGGGACACGGCGGGGAGACCGUGGGAGUCCCGUGUACGUGCCUUACGAUGGGUCUAGAAGGCGAUCUGGAGCCAUAUAUAGGGCAUAGUCUUUACCAGUUUGGUGUCGUGUAUAUCGCUACACAAGUGCCACUGUAACACUACUAGCGAGCACGGCCACCCAGAACCGACCAGAACUCAACAGGUUAUGAGCCCCGGCUUCCGAGUCGGUGGUCGGUCUGGGUCAAGUCCUUUAAACUGCUAUUAGGCAGGCUCGGCAUAGAGUAGGCAACGGAAGCGCGUGAUCAGCAGUGAGGCCGAAGCUGGAAGGGCGAUAGCGAUUGGUCGCUGGUUUCCGAGCUUUCCCGGUAUCAGCUGUUGGAGGCAGCUGAAAAUAUCUGGACGCGCUGUGAUCGCGAGUGUGGAGCUCGCAGACGUUCGUCAGGCGGAGGCGGGGGAGACCCGAAAACGUGAUGGCUCGCCUGUGCAGCGAGCGAGCGGUUGAUUGCCUGGGGCAGUAGCCGCAAAGUGUGUGAAGCCAGCGCCCGGGGCGUCUUGGCUAGUAUGGGCAUCUGCCAGGGGCAGGAGCAGUGAGAGGGCCGGCGCUGGGCGCCAGGCCGAGGAGCGCCGCUGAGCCUGCACCCGGGGUGUAGGGCUAGGGCGCACGUUCCGUGUUACGGUGCCGGGCACCGGGCACGUGGGGGGCUGAUGACUGGCUGAGGUGGCAGGCGCUGGGCGCCAGCACCUAGCCCGAUGGCGCGCAGGGCGCGCAGCAGAAGCAGUCGGGGGCCGGUGGCGUGCAGGGCGCGCAGGAGCAGCAGGGGGUGACCGGCGGCGCGCAGGGCGCGCAGCAGAGCGCGCAGGGCGCGCAACAGCAGGAGGGAGCCGGUGACACGCAGGGCGUGAAGAAGCCGGCGGUAUGACUAAGGGCGUCGCUGGGCCUGCACCGACGGACUGGUGGGCCAGGGCGCGUGUCGCGGUGUGCAGCACCGGGCAAGUUACACAGAGCGGCGAGUACUUCGUUUCCGUUGUGGUGCUGCGAGAUGCUUGGGCCGUAGAUGUACCUGGUCUCAAUGAGAGCUACGGACGGGUAUGAUAAGACCGUGUGGAUUGAGGUGAGAGUGGCAUUGUGAAUGUGCCGUAGCGUAGUGGGGCGGUAUCAACAGUACGGCAGCCUUAAGUAAAGCUGCGACACGGUUACUGACACUUGUUGCUGGGAUGGCAGGGAUGACGCAGGAGUGCGUAUGAGGUGGGUGGCGCUACGAGGGCGUCGAGUCAGAGACAUGGGGCAGGGCGUGGCCUAGUCAUGUUAGUGUGGGGCCGGUUUGCGGGGAGGCAAACUGUGGCGGGACACGGCAGGUGACGGACGGCACGCGGAGCACAUGUUUGAUCAGCUACGGGGGUCGAGCCCGUAAGAUUGGUUGCUGAGAUCCAGCGUUUGCUUAGUUGUGGGGCGGGUGCCACAUGGACCGUUGGGUGCCAGGCUUCGACGAGAGCUUCUAACCUUCGCCUGUGUGAUCGCAGACAGAUUGAGUGCGCUGUUGAGUGCACGUGGCAAGCGUUGCCUGAAGCGCAGGGUACUGGAUGGAGCUUCCGUGGAGGUCAGCAGGAUCCGAGUACGGAGCGCAGUGCAGCUGUUCAUGGUGUGGAGCUGUUUCGCAGACGGCGAUUCGGGCAUGACACGGUCGUGUGGAGCUGUUUUCGCGGGGCAGUAUGAGUGGGGCGUGCAGGACAGGGGUCUGCGGCGCGGGACCAUACGUGCGAGGCGAAAUCGGGCAUGACCACAGCUGGCCGGGAGCGCGGAUAAGUGCUGUAACGUUAGCGCAUAGGAGGAUAUGUGGGUAAGGCCUUUAAUCUGCUUAAUAGCGGGCUUGGUAUAGAGCAGGCAAAUGGAAUGCGCUUGUGCUUAUGAAUGACCCGGUCGUGAUUCCGGGGGAGCGCGUUAGGAUGCGAGCGAUGUCUAGCAGAUGACUCAUUCCUGCGAUCGACUCAACCUGUUCGCGUGGGUAUGGCGUGUGGCUGUACUGUGGUUAUGGUAUGCGAGUGCACUGCUGACGUAGUAGCAGUGGGCGUACGAAAGAGCAAGCGACUAGUAGGCACUUGGCGUAGUUCGAAAGUCGUGCGCUAUGAGACGUGCGGUUGUGAUGCCGUGCGUAUGCUGCUGGAGAGAGAGCAGGCUUUGUGUGAGCGGCAAGUAGGGACAUGCGAUGGCAUACCGAAAGCUGUGCAGGUUGCGAGUGCAGAUAUGCGUGCGACGUGGCGUGCGUAUGUUGCGCUCAGGAUGUGCGUGUGUUGUUGUCGGGUAGCAACAAGAUAGUGGAGAGUGUGAAAGUGCGUUUUAUGGAGCCGCGAGUGGGCGGCAAGAUGCGCGCGACGGACUGUGCGCGGUGUACUCGAGAGGAGGACACGGAAUGUGUGGCUGCGGUAGGCUUCACGAGUGUGAUCCGUGCAAGAUGUUUUGGUAUACGCGGGAUGCGUGAUACGACUGAGUGCGGUAGCAUGCGUGGGUGGCAGCGGAAACGUACGGCGUGUGCGGUGAUGCACAUGUGACAUGUGCGGGGGAGCAUAUGUCGCUCGUACGGAUGCGUGUUACGUGUUUGAGGGAUGGAUGCAGCAGCAGUCGGCUGGCUGACCAUAUUUGCCUUGGUGGGCGUGAGGCGCCGUGAGAGGUUUGCCCCCUCAUCUAUGUUAGGCGUAUGUGUUUGCAAGUGCCAUGCGCGAUGGCGGUAUGUCGGUGUUUUGUGUGCGUGCGUUCGCUAUGGAGCAGUGCAAGACGGAGAGUGUUCUGCCCGCGGGGGAGUGUUGAGGACAAGCGGGUAUUCGGUCAGAACACUAGAGUAUGGGACGUGGGGACACGGCGGGGAGACCGUGGGAGUCCCGUGUACGUGCCUUACGAUGGGUCUAGAAGGCGAUCUGGAGCCAUAUAUAGGGCAUAGUCUUUACCAGUUUGGUGUCGUGUAUAUCGCUACACAAGUGCCACUGUAACACUACUAGCGA